AUGGGCGGAGUGUGCUUAUGCUACUCAUGGACUUGCAGACCAGUGUGGCCGGUUUUUAUUAUUCUGGCUACAAUACCCUGCAUGCUGCACUGCUCAGAGAGUCCGGCGGCAGUUGUUGGAAAAAUGUAUCCACGCGGCAAUCACUGGGCUGUAGGUCAUUUGAUGGGAAAGAAGAGCAUUGAGAGCCUGCCUGAACUGCAGGAGACAAACCCUGACAGUGACUACCUCACACCCCCAGAAACAGCUGGGGCCACAGAGCUGGACCGAUAUGAGAGCCUGAUGGAAGCUCUGAUGCAACAAAAGAACCAAAAACAGAUGAAGCCGCUAACUGCAGACAGGCUGCUUCGACUGCGCAGCGGCUGGAGAGAAGAGGACAGAGACAAAUAUCUCAGAGAGAUGUCAGACUUGCUUCUGCUGGCUUUGAAACUGCAAGACAAUGACUCCACCUGA